UUUAUGAGGAAAUCAUCGCAGCACCGCAGCCUGCUAGGUAUAUUUCACAUCUCAGUGAUUGGGGACAUCUUAAGUGCUGCACUCCUUUUCUCUCCUGCCUUUUUUAUUCCUUCUAUUUGAUCUAUCCUGGUGGUUCUUGUUGUUUUGUUAUUGAGCCUUUGUGUAUUGUUGAUUUCACGAUGGCUCAGAACAAUAGCAGCGUCAGUGCCGCCGGCACUGUGCGCUCACCUGGCGUGGGCCAUGGAAAUCGGUCAACCCUCUCGUCAUCUUCUGCUCUCCAACUCUUCCUCAAGCAGCGCCGGCGGGCUCUUCGAAAGACGUCAGGACCUAAUUUCGUCGAGAAGUCAUUUACCACAUCGCCACUUAUUCUUGACCCUGCUUUUUCUUCGUCGACAUCAGAGAAAGUCAAGACCGGAACUCUCAAUAUCGACCGUCUCUCAUCGAUCCCCAGCAGGGUCGAUAUUCGUCAUCUCACCAAGGCCCUUUUACGCCACCGUCUCAGUCGUGCCAAUCCGCUCUCACUUGCGAAACUCGGCAGGCUGUACAGGCGUCAUCGCAAUCCGGAGCGCGCUCUCGACUUGUUUCUGCUUCGAAGACUUUUGUGGAGAAGUACACGACGGCCAGGGUCCAUGGAUUUUAUCGAGCAUCUCCGGCGUAGCCAGGCCGACGAGCCCUCCUCCGACGAGGAGUCCGGUCUUACCCUCCCCUCCCUGAGCGCCUCGGACCGCAGCCGCCGCUCGUCGAGCACCGACUCGACCGUCAUCACUGUUCCCGACCAAUCGGACGGGGAGACGAAGGUCAGCAGCGCCAAGAGGAAGCGCAACUUCAAUGGCGACGUCGUCGAAGAAGAUGCUGCCACUGCUUCGCGGGCCGCAAAGAGGGCCAAGGCUUAUGCAUGUGAGGACGAUGAGGUACCUGCUUCGCCGAUGAUUCCCGCGACCCAGCCAAAACUUCCAAAGCCCCCCAGAGCUCCCUCGUCAGGCGACGCGAGGACUGGCACAGCCAAGGGUGAGCAGGAGCGCCCGGCCAAGAGCGUCAAGCGCGAAAAGGACACCCCUGCGAAGCAGGCUCCGCGCACGGCAGCCGGGAACGCCCACCAUGUGACCAUGUCUGCGGCCGCGGGCGGGAGCAGCAGCAAAGCCACGGCAACUACCCCCCAGCAAAUAAAGAAGCCCAUCGGACAGAUGGAAUUCUUCGAGAGGCGGCGCUACGAGAUCCUCGAAGACCCGCUCGGCUUCGGCGACUGUGUCUACGACACCACCAAGUCCAUCCCCCGGCACGCGGCGAAGAGCUUUGCGCAGCAUCGGCGCCGCCAAAAGGGGCUCCCGCCUCCGCUGGAGAUGAGCGGCGCGCUUGGGCCGCCCGAUGAGGUCGGCGACGACGCUAAGCCGAGCGGGAAGGGGUUCAGGCGGCCCGAGAGCUUGGCGAAGGAGGCUCAGAAGCGCGCCCACCAGCAGAAGGUCGGACAGAAAGUUCAGGCUCUCAUGGGGAAGUCCGGGUCUGGGGGGUCGGAAAGGACGGCCGUGGAGGGUAAAAGGCCUGGUUCUAUCGGUGGUAAGCAGGCGGGUACAGGGAGAUCGGCGAACGGCAAGGGCAAGGGCAAGGAGAAGGAGAAGUCUUUUGCGUCUACUGAGUCUCGGCAGACACCGAGUGUGAAGCAGCGGGGUGGUCAGCAGUGGAAAGUGAAAUACACGAAGUUUAGCUGACUAUGCCAUAUGUCCUUACAUAUCAUGAAACAGCGUGGCUAUCUGGGAGGAAACCAUUUGCACAAGAAUCGGCUGAGACCGAGCAAUUUCGGCUGCAGCAUCGUGGUGGACUCUGUGGCC